AUGACUGGUAUGGUUUCAAUAUUUGGUUUCAACUUAUUGUAUGGGCUGUAUUUUAAAGAUAUAUCCAUUGAGCGCAUGUUGCUGGGCCCAGGUCUCUGUCAAGAAGGUAAAAGAGACGACAGCCAUGUUGAAAAUGUUGUACGACAGGCAGUUGCGGACGAGUUCAGCAGUGAAAUUCUCACGAACAGGACCAGAGCUUAUUUAUCCUGUGCUUCUGGCGAGAUGGUCAUAAAGAUGAAUUUUUCCGAACCGUUCCGAGGAGUGACUUACACAGACUAUGAUAGGAGCGGCCCUUGCAAAUUUUAUGGCGACGGAAGGCAGUAUUAUGAACUGCGGAUACCACUUAAAGGGUGUGGUACUAAGCAGGAAGCACCAAGAGUUUUCAUCAACAAUAUAAUUGUCCGCUUUCAUCGAUCUUUGGAACUUGAAGAGGAUGAAAUCAAAACAAUCAUCUGCCGCUAUCCCCCUCCUUUGGCACCUAUUCCUCCACCAAUCGUUCAGCCUUUACCGACUGCUGCUGUGCCAGCUAUCGUUCCUCCGAAGUUGUCUGAAGUGGAACUACUCCUUAUCAUCUGUGCAUUACUGUUCCUGACUCUUCUGUUGCUUGGAAUUGGAAUUGCUUACUACUGCCUCAAAAAGAGAAACAUUAAAGUUAUUAAAAAGAGGAAAGCUAUCUCAUCCGGUCCUGGAUCUGAAAUUACCAAGCUUAGUGGAUCUACGAUGGGCACGUUGUCCAUGUUUGAUCCUAUUCGCAUACCCAGGGCUAUUGCACAAUCCACUUCUGGCUCUGAAGCUGCUCUCCUAACUUCCCUCUCUUCUCAAAACGGAUCUGGUGAUCACAGCGAUACGAUACCAUCUGACUAUCCGAGUGAAUCUCCUUCUUCUGUCAAUUCUGAUGUUGAAGAAAUUGAAGGAGGACGACGCAUGAUGAUAAAUGAUGUAUCUACUAUGAGAGGAGAUCAUUUUAGGUAUGAAAAUACCGCUUUUAUCUCUGACGAAGCAAGUACUAUUUCUGGAUAUCCAGAGGAUCAAGAAAAGGCAAACAGUGUAUCAUCUAUACCGAUUCAACAAAUUUUGAAACCCAUUGAAGCACCACGAAAGAAACUAAAACCUAAAGUGGCAAGAGAACAAGUUUUGACAACUAUUUCCGAAAGAGAAGAUGCUGCGUUUCAACGAGAAGCACUUCAGAAAACUUAUGCUGCUGUUAAGCAAAUUCCUCAAGAACUGAUUCCUCCCGUUAGAUACACGCAAACGUAUGUACGUGAAGCACCACCUAAACCACCUUCAUCUUACGCUCCUUCGUUGUAUGGAAGUAUUCCAGAUAAUGACAAUCGUUCUCAAGCUGAGUUUAUUGAAGAUGUACCAAUGGCAGCUCGCAAACCGCCUUCGUCUUAUGCACCUUCACUGCAAGGCAGCAUUCCCGAUAAUGAUAUUUGGUCACACUCUGAACUGGAAAGUGAAGUUGCUGUAAUGCCCUACACUCGUAAACCUAAACGUGAAACUGCAACAGUUACUGAUUACUUUUUGAGUUCCCAGAAGACUACUGAUAUAGAAGAUGACAUUUCUCAAUUACGAAAGACAACUACUCUUCAACAUAAACCUAAGCCACCAUCACCUCAACCGGAACCUUUGUCUGAUAUUGAGAUCAUUGAGCCCUAUGUAUCAAAAGCACUAGUACCCAAGCCAAAACGAGUCAUUCAGAACAUUGAUGAUGUGUAUUUAACCACUACUACAGAAGUACAUGCAACUGAAACUGUUACAAAGAAAGUUAAAGAUACGAUUGCCCAGCAUGUGAAAUCACCUCCUCAGUCAACUGAGCCACCAUCCUCGUCAGAUAGCCAACCUCCUAACUGGGAUGUCACUAUAAGGCAUUAUCCGAAUCGAACCCCUCCUGGUUAUACUGAAAUCGAUGAUAAACUUUCAGAGCAUCGUUGGGACACAUAUUCUGAAGUGAGUGAAAAGUUCAAGGAUGCAGAAAGUACAAUAACGGAAGUCAAUCACAGAACUCGGCAUCCAUCCCAUCCGCAUAGUCCAGGUCCAGCAUAUAAUGUUACAAAGACGAUACCACAUCCAACAUACACAAGUGUUAUCUUUAAAAUCUUAGAGCCUCCUCCAGUGGAAGGCGUGGAACAACUAACACCAAUAAUAAAAGAAAAAUGGAGAACUGUUAUAACAACUGAUGAAACAUUUAGAUCUCUAGUUCAAGAAGCAACUACUGUGGAAGAGUAUAUUCGAAUUACGAAAGAUUCGCGAUAUGAAAAAAUGUUUGACACCAGAACAUGGAAUGUUAUAAUCAGAGCUCUGAGUACACCGGAUGACCGCUAUCCUCCAGCUCAAAGUGAACCUCCGUUGGAUAUUCGAAAUCCACGAUAUAAGAAGAAAAACGAAUUCGAACAUCCGCGAAAUCGUCGAAGUUCACUGCCACCGGUUACAGAAUUAUCUCUUGCGCGUGAUGCUCCUCCAUCCAGUUGUGGCAGCGUACGAUCUAGAAGGACUUCAAGGUCAGGUUCUGUACCCGAAUACGAUUUGCGAUCGAUGACAGAAAUCGAUGUCGAUUUUGCUCACGCAGAUCGAGAAUCUCUUUGGAGUGUGGACACAGGCUACACGUAUAAAACAUCUCGAAGUCUUGCCGAGAGGUCCACUUCAGAGUUCCUGGAAGAUGUGCCAACAAUGAUAGCAGAACGCCCUCCUCAACAUAGGGGUGUUCAAGAACAAUAUUACCGCGAACAGACUGCAGCAGAGUUUGUCAGUUCUCACGACUCUUAUCUUCGAGAAUCUGCUCAUGCAGAAUUCAAUAGAGACAAUUAUUUGCGUACAGAACAGCAUUCGCAAUUCACAAAUAGGCCUUCGAAUGAAUUGUUUGGUAGUACGCCCACAAUGUCGCUGCCAAACCUUAGGCAGGUUUCAACAGAAGUUUCCUCAAUGACAGAAAGACGAAUGGACAAUGUAGUUAGGGAACUUCGUCAGAAUGAAAAGUUUUCCCGAUCAGAAGUCAUUAUUGAUUCCCCUAUAAUGAGGGCCAUCGACAGAACAUCCAGCAUCGGAGAAAGGGAAGAAAUAAAAUCCGUCACAGAAACUGAUGUCUUGGACUGGAAAAGAUGA